AAAAAAAACAUUUAAACAGAACGACCAGGAAACAGUGUCUGAUCGCUGGUUUUAAACACUUAAUACAUAGGUCAAAAAGGGAAGAUGUCAAUCAUCACAUAUAACCUUUUUGGUAUUCUGUGCCUGACACCUCUGAUUACAGCCAGGAGUGGAUUUAGGGGGAUGUUUCCUGACAAAUACCCACCAAUGCUGCACAAUGGAAUAGACCCAGGCAGUCCACUAUUCUUGACUCCGUAUGUGGAGAAGGGACAGUUUGAUAUGGCUCAGAAGCUAAGUAAAGUGGGACCUCUAGAAGGAACCAAUCUAGAGAGCUUUGCAGGAUUUUUCACGGUUAAUAAAACCACAAAUAGCAAUAUGUUCUUCUGGUUUUUUCCUGCUCAGACAAACCCAGAGACAGCACCAGUGGUACUCUGGUUACAAGGUGGCCCCGGUGGCUCCUCCCUGUUUGGACUGUUUGUGGAAAAUGGGCCAAUCAUGGUGGACAAAAAUAUCAAGUUGAGCAACAGAAAAGUGACAUGGAACACAAAGUACUCCAUGCUGUACAUUGACAACCCUGUUGGGACAGGUUUUAGUUUCACAGGAAAAGAUGAGGGAUACGCCACUAAUGAACAGGAUGUUGCAAGAGAUUUAUACAGCUGCCUGACACAAUUCUUCCAAGUUUUUCACCAGUUCCAGAAAAAUGAUUUUUAUGCCACAGGAGAGUCUUACGCUGGUAAAUAUGUCCCUGCCAUUUCAUACAAAAUUCACAUGGAAAAUCCAAGUGCAAAGACCAAAAUCAACUUCAAAGGCAUGGCAAUUGGUGAUGGUCUCUGUGACCCUGAAACAAUGAUGGGUCAAUAUGCUACAUUCAUGUACAGUAUUGGUUUACUAGACGAGAAACAGAGAGCCUACUUCCAAGACAUGACAGAUAAAGCUACUGUUUACAUCAGAGGGAAAAACUUUAAAGCAGCUUUUGAUAUAUUUGACAUGCUUUUGAACGGCGACCUAACUCCAAAUGCGCCAUACUUUUACAAUGUUUCUAACAUACAUAACUACUACAACUUCUUACUGACAGAGGAGCCAGAAGAGUUUAAUUAUUAUGGAAAUUACGUCGCCAAACCUGAAGUCCGUGCAGCCAUCCAUGUUGGUAAUCUGACGUAUAACAGUGGUACCCAGGUAGAGAUGCAUCUCAUUAAUGAUGUCAUGGAUACUGUCAAACCGUGGAUCGUCACCAUUAUGGAGAAUUAUAAGGUUAUGUUUUACAAUGGUCAGUUGGAUAUCAUUAUUCCUGUUCCGAUGACCGAGUAUUUCCUUCUGUCCAUUGAUUGGUCAGGGAAGGACAUGUACCGGACCACUGACAGGUUAAUCUGGAGGAUAAACCCCAACGACAAGGAGGUGGCAGGCUACGUCAGACAGGUCAAGAAUUUCUAUCAGGUGAUUGUACGAAAUGCCGGACAUAUCCUACCGUACGACCAACCAGAGAGGGGCUACGACAUGAUACAAAGAUUUAUAGAAAAUAAGACUUUCUAAACAAAUAUAUAUCCAUAAUAUUAUACAUUUUUGUAUCUAUCUAUUUUUUCUUACUUUUACUACUUAAAAUUAAAAAAAACUAUAUUAAUAAUACUUGCAACAUUUCCACUACAUAUUUAGUUUUGAUCCAGUCUCUCUCUCUCUCUCUCUCUCUCUCUCUCUGAAUUGUUGAUGAGAACUUUUCUCUGUUAUUUUACAGUCAUGUCUCUAUUGUUAUUGUUACAAUUCAUGAGAAAUUCUUUUUAUGCCCCCCUUCGAAGAAGGAAGGGCAUAUUGCUUUUGCUGCUGUCUCUUGGUCGAUCUGUCGGUCCAUCAGUAGUUUCCGUUCAUUUUCUUAGCAGAGGUUGCACAUACUGAAAUGAAAUUUGGUAUACAGAUUAAUCAAAAAGUUUUGUUUGAGUAUGAUCGAGCAAUUUUUGACAGAGUUAUGCCCCUUGGACCUGGAAAAAGGGGGGGGGGGGGCAUAAGUGUUUCACAAUCAUCUCUUGUUUUAAGGUUAAAUAUCAUCAUCAGGCCAUCCCCUAUAAGGAUAACUAAUCGUUCCUUCAAGCUUACGAUAUCGUAAAACGUAUCAAAACCAUUGAAAUGCAUCAUUCCAUCUGUUUCUACUCUCAACAUCGAAUUUAAAACUUCUUAAUAAAAAAAAUCGAUUUGCA